CCCAACAGCAGGUCGGUUGGAAACUUCCUAAGGGAGGUGGCUGGCUACUAAUUGGUUACAUUGUCAUUUUAUUUUACAAUUUGUCAAUAUGGGAGACUUGGUUAAAAUCGUCCUUUUGUGCAACUUGUUAGGUUUUGUUCACUCGAUUACCGUGACUACCCCGGUGAGGUCGGUCAACAUCACUGAGGGAGCGUCCCUCAAUCUGUAUUGCUCUUUUGCCACAAACGCCGCGACCACCUCCCUAGUUGUCCAGUGGACCUUCGUUGAAAAGCAUGGGGGGCAAUCUGAGCAGGUUCUUUUCUAUCAAUCUGGGACCACUGUGAUUGGAGAUAUGUUCAAAGACAGGGUGCAUAUGUUGUCUAACCCGGCCGACACGUUCAAUGCGACAAUAGCCAUCCAGAAGGUACAGCAAGACGACUCUGGGACCUACACCUGUCAGGUGUUCAACAUCCCUGAUGUUGACGGCAUCAAUGAAAGGGACAUCACUGUCUCCGUUCAGGUGGCUCCUUCUACGCCUUUCUGUGCCGUGCAUGGUGACGUGAAGUUCGGUCAUCAGGUGGUCCUCACCUGCCACAGCAAACGGGGAAACCCACCGCCCACAUACACCUGGAAACACCUUGACGGCCAGGUCAAGGGCUUUCAAGACGUAAAGCAAGGGACACUAGUGAUCCAGAACAUUUCCCAAGUUCAGUUUGGGGACUAUGAGUGUAUGUCAGCCAAUGGCAUUGGUUCGUCUACCUGCACCAUAGAUCUGAGUGGAGAGGACCAUGCCGGCAUUGUUGCGGCUGCUGUCAUCGGUGCUGUACUGUGCUGCGCUGUCGUCGUCCUCGUGGUGUGGUUCAUUGCCCACCAAAUGAAGAAACGCAAAAUGAAAGUGUCCAAGGUUCACAAAGCCAAGGAGAUGGAGCCCAUGACCGCGAGCAGAAGGCUAGAAGCACAGCAGGCGCGAGAGGAGGGCGACGAGAACCCAUCUGCGUGAAAGUACACCCCCAGGAGCACACGCACUCCUCGUUUUUUAGUACAAGACGUGUCCCCUAUUCGGCAUCAUCGCACACACAGGUUAUCUUUUGUUUGGGGCUUUGUUGUUGUUGUUGUUUGUCUGUUUAUCUGGAUGCUCGUGUGAUCAAACUGAAAACUCUGAAUACAAAUUCCUCAUUUUAGGACUGUUAUAAGUACAUGGCAAAAGUCGAUGCCUGAAGGUCUGUGUGACCGUUUAUGAAACAUUAAUUAGUGACUGAAACAAAAAUAGAAAAAUAUAAAUGAAUCAUUUUAUAUACUUUGUAUGUACUGUAUAAGCAGACCUGUUAGGGUCAUGCACAGUUGUGUUCAUUUCAAAGGUGCUUUUUAAUUAUUUGCGCUGGGAAUGCUGUAUUCAGUAUGUGUGAAAUUCUGGCCUCUGUAACAUUUAUUUACAAACAAAUAAAGGAUAUUUCUUUGUUUUA